AUGGCAAUAACGAACGAUGUGCAGAUGCCGUCAGACGAGGAAUUAACGGUUCCUCAUGAGAUUACUCUUUCAACUCCAUAUUUUAAAGCAGUCGCUCCGUAUAUGCAUGUUAUGUGUGAAAAUGAAAUUAAGGAAUUUAUGUUACGCAGGCGAGAAUUAGAAGAUCCUCGUAAAACGCUGAAUGAAGGAGCUGCCGUAACAGCAUGCGGUAUAAGAUUUUUACAAAAGCUUAAAAAAACUUGCAAUUCUGAAAUCGAUAAUUUCGCUAAUUGCAUCGAUCAUGGAAGUGCAAAGCUAUAUGUAUCCAAAUGUCGAGAAGAACAGCGAUUUACUGACCAAUGUAUUAGCGAAAAAAUGAAUAUAGAUCGCCCUCAAAUCGGUUAUUUUAGCAAGUUGCAUGUGCAUGAUUCGAUGCAACCCAAACCGGAUUAUCAAAUUCGAAAUUAUAAAGAAGAAGCCAAGAUGGUUCUAUCUGAACUUCCUGAGAAUUAUCAUUUGCGUAAGGAUUAUCGUAGAUUCAGAGAUUGGUGCGCACAAAUCUUCGAUGCUGCUUAA